AUGGCGGCCCACGCCCCCAAUCCGUCCGACUCCAACACCCUCGUUCCCAUUACGAGCCCCACCGAUGCGACGGUCGAUAUCAUUGCAGUGCAUGGUAUCAAUGUUUGGGGAAACGAAACCCAUGCAGAAAAUACGUGGACCCACGCCGAAACCGGAGUGAAUUGGCUUCGGACCUUGCUGCCCACACUACUUCCUCGUGCAAGGGUUCUAGCUUUUCAGUACAAUGCGAAUGUGGUGUUUGGCACGUCAACGGCUGGUGUCCAACAGCAGGCUGUUAAUCUCCUCGGCUGCCUUAGCAUGGCUCGAAAGGACAACCCAGCGCGUCCCCUCAUCUUCAUUGCCCACAGCAUGGGCGGCAUCAUUGUAAAGGAAGCCUUGGCUACUGCGUGGCGAGGGUACAACGCGUAUCCCAUGAUCUGGACCUUUACAUACGCCAUAUUUUUCCUUGCUGUGCCACACAAGGGCUCCUGCCACGCUUCAUGGGGACAAAUUCUCGCUGACAUUUUCAGCACGGCCACUCGUCAGCCUAGUAGCGCCCUCCUAGAAACCUUGAGUAGAACAUCACGCAGCUGGGAGGAGCUCAACGCUAGCUUUCAACCGCUUUACGAAGCAUUUAAGUUCUACACUUGGGUUGAGAGUCUGCCGUUUGGUCCAGGGCUAGGUGUCAUUGUUCCCGAGGACUCUGCUGUCUUGGGUUUGCCACCAAGCAGAGAAACCGUUCGGACUGCAAAUUGUGAUCACAGGGGAAUCUGCAAAUUCUCUGGGGACAAUGACCCAGAGUGGAUAGCCCUUGCUGCUAAUAUCCUCCAAGCAGCAAAGAAAGCAGCCGCUACAAACUGCUUCACCCCGUCCAUGAAAUGUCGCCAGGCUAUGUUUGACUCUCUAGGACUCCAGGACGCAGGCUAG